UGGUUGAGCCUUAUUAACAUGUUUUGAAUAUGACAUGUCAUAAACAUUCUCUUUGUUUUUGUGGACAAGGCCUUAGUUGUCUGUAGAUCUCCAAAUCAAGUCUAUGUGACAGGCAACUCAUGUAUAAACAUAAAAAGUAACUUCCUAACAACUCAGUUUACAACACUAUCUUUCUGCCACAAACUCUCUUUUCACUCAUAACUCCGCCUCUGCCCUACUCUUGCUGUCUUGCAUACUAAUAUGUGUAAAUGCCUUAUCCAACGUAUGAUCUCGCAAUGUCUGAAUCCCUUCCAACGACCGGACAGUUAAGUCCUGGAAGUGAUUCUGAAGGCAAUGAUCAAGAUCAGAACGGAAGCAGUCGUAUUGUGCUUCCUGCCCCUAGAGUCGUCGGGAUAACAGAGAGGCCUGAAAACAAAGAUCAUCCCUGGUAUAUCAGUUCUCAACUCCCAACUGAUCUGUUGAUUCAAGUCCAAGGAGUCACCUUCGCUGUGCACAAGCGUUCACUAAUUUCAAAAUGCGGCUACAUGGAUCGAGUUGAAUUGAAUCAUUCAAAGUCGGAUUUAGGCUACAACAUGAAGCUGGAAAACUUUCCCGGUGGAUCUGAGACUUUUGAAACCAUUUUGAAAUUUUGUUAUGGAUUCCCAGUAGGUUUAACUCCAAACAAUGUAGCUGCACUCAGAUGUGCAGCAGAAUAUCUGGAGAUGACAGAAGAAUUAGAAGACGGAAACAUGAUCUACAAGACGGAAGCCUUUCUCACAUUUGUAGUCCUUUCUUCCUGGAGAGACUCCAUUACUGUGUUGAAAUCAUGUGAAUCCUUGUCUCCAUGGUCUCAGAACAUCCAGCUCGUCAGAAGAUGCCGUGACUCUAUUGCUCAAAAGGCUUCACGAGAAAAUCCAACCACAGGAGACAUUGUCACCGACGAGAGCUGGUGGUUUGAUGAUGUGGCUACCCUCUGCAUUGAUCAUUUCAUGAGGAUCAUAACCGCAGUUCGGGCAAACGGUACAAAACCAGAAACUGUAGGUUCAUGUAUCAUGAAAUAUGCAGAGAAGUGCAUGGAUCAAGAGAUUGGAGUACGAAGAUACGGGUCUGGAAAAACAGAACUGCAGUGGAAUAUAUCAAGCGGUGGCAUGAAAGGAGGCACCGGACAUCAUAAAGAACACAAAUUGGUUAUCGAGAGCCUAAUUAGCAUACUGCCUGAUCAGAAUCAAGGUGUUUCCUGCAAGUUCUUACUGUGGAUGCUGAAGAUGGCGACGAUCUAUUUGGUAUCACCAGCCCUCAUAUUUGAGUUAGAGAAAAGAGUCGGAAUGACACUUGAAAAUGCCAAUGUGGAUGAUCUUCUGAUUCCAAGUUACACAAUUGGGGAUCAGGGGAUCCCUGUGUACAACCCUUGCUUCACAGAGGACUACACAGCGCACAACAUAAGCGUGGUGCAAAGGAUUCUGGAGCAUUUCUUGAUGCACGAACAUCAGCAGCAGAAACCAGUCAAACCGGGGAUUAGUAAGCUCCUGGAUAACUACCUCGCAGAGAUAGCAAGAGAUCCCAAUCUCUCGGUUUCCAAGUUUCAGGCUCUGGCUGAGACCUUGCCAGAAUAUGCCCGGACUUGUGAUGAUGGACUUUACAGAGCUAUUGACAUAUACCUUAAGUCUCAUCCUAAGCUAUCGGAGCACGAGCAAAGAAGGUUGUGCAAAGUAAUGAACUGUGAGAAGCUGUCACUCGAUGCUUGCAUGCAUGCUGCGCAAAAUGAUAGAUUGCCUAUAAGAAGUGUGAUUCAGGUAUUGUUCGCGGAACAAGUCAAAAUCAGGGCAGCAAUGCAAGGAAAGGAGCAGGCUGGAAGUGGUGAGAACAUAGACCAAGAACAUAGCUGGUUGUCUACCACCACAGAGAUCACAAAUCUCAGAGUAGAACUAGAGAAAGUAAAAUCGCAAAUGGCAGAGCUGCAGAGAGACUACUCUGAACUGCAGCAAGAUUAUAAUAAGCUCCAUAGCAAGCACAGGAGUUCACCAACAUGGACUUUUGGAUGGAAGAAGAUAAGGAAGUCAUCCUUUUUUCACAAAAAAUCAGAUAAUGAAGAAAGUGAAGAUGCACAGCACAAUUCAUCCCCUGAUAACAGCCGAGCUCGCUUCCACAGAAGGAAAUCGAUCUCCUGAACUAUCAAAACGUUCUCCCUCCAUCAAUCAAAGAGUAAUACUGAAGCUCAUUUAUAUAUAAAUGCAUAAUAUUGAAGUUAAGCACUUGACAAAAAGAAAUGAACUUGAGCAAUAUUUGUCGCCUAAUGCUCUACAAAUUGUGGAACUUGUACAGGUUAAACAGUAUUACACUAACUUGCACAUCACUGAUCACUAGCAAAAUAGCAGUUGCUGUUGAGACAGAUUUCAAGUUCCAACUACAAUCAAGCACUUGAUUUCUUACCGCUUUCUUAAUCCCCACUUUUCGUAGAGUCUGAAUGUCACUGAAAUAUUCCUUUCAUAUGAAACCACCAUGUUUAACGAAUAUUUUCCUAUGAAUAGAUUGGGGAGUAAAUUUCAGAGGUGUGACUACUUUU